AUGGCGACGGGUAGCUCGCCUCUUCUGCAACCGCCGGGCUUGGCGGCUUCGCCCAGAGCGCCCCCUUCGCCGGCGCCCCCGGGGGUUCCUAUGCCGUCCUCCUUCCUCCGCCCGCCCAGCCUUUUCAUGCGCGCUGCCGCCGCCGCCGCCGCUGCCGCCGCCGCCGCGGCCGCCUCGACCCCACCAGGAAGCAGCGCGGGCCGCUUCUCGCCAGCGGCGGCGGGGUUGGAGCGCGGCGUGUGCUACCCGCGCACGCCGAAGUGCGCCCGCUGCCGCAACCACGGCGUGGUGUCGGCGCUGAAGGGCCACAAGCGCUUUUGCCGCUGGCGGGACUGUGCGUGCGCCAAGUGCGCCCUCAUUGCCGAGCGCCAGCGCGUCAUGGCCGCCCAGGUGGCGCUGCGCAGGCAGCAGGCGCAGGAGGAGAGCGAGGCCCGGGGCAGCCCCCGGCAGCCGCCGCCGCCGCAGCCAAGACCCAGCGGAGAAACGGCGCUGAACCUGGCAGCGGGCGGCGCCAGGGCAGGAGGCGAAGCGGCCUGUAAGAGCUACCGCCCGGAAUUCCAGCACAGGCGAAGAGAAGAGAAGAUUCAGAAGUAUGACUUCUACUGCAACGAACCAGGCAGUUCUGCAGUCCAUUUACAUACAACCUCUGUGAGGUCUGCUCCAGAAGCUGUUGGGGACCAUAGAGAGAAGCCAUCUGGCAUAAAGAUUUUAGGUAAAGAGAUGACUGUUCAGUCUUCAGGUCCUGAUGAGUCUUUAGAAGGAACUGACAGUUCUGCAUCUCUGUCUUCAUCAGACAUGGAAUCAGGAAACGAAAGUGAAUGUCCCAAGGACUUGAUCUCCGGUACUGGUGUUCCUCCUCCUGGUGCUUCCAGGCGCAGAGAUCCACUCGAUAUCCUUACCAAGGUCUUCCCAAAUCUCAAACAGAGUAGAUUAGAGAGGGUUCUGCAGCUCUGCAGAGGAGAUAUAGUCCAGGCUAUAGAGCAGAUAUUGAACGUGAGUGAACACAAGCAAGAAUUCGGAGAGCUUCCAAUCUCAUCCUUGCCAGAAUGCAGUGCCUUCCAGCGAUCUUCUAAUUUUAGCCUCCUAGGCGUGGAUGUUGGAACACUUGGCAAUAAAUCAGCAUUUUCCCCUCUUCAAACCAACCCAGCUUCUUUUGGAAGUGAGGUGAAUUUUUAUGGUCUAAGCCCAAGACUGGGAAUCAGACCGCUGAGAGUGGCAUAUUCCCCUCCAGGGAGAGUCUUACCUGGACUGAUGUCUCCCUACUUAAGGACGGGGCUGUUUCCUGCUUUGCCUUUUCACCCAACUAUUGACUAUUCUUCAGGAGUGAUCAAAGAUACAUCUUAUUUCCCCAAUAAAGACAUGGUUGUCAGUAGCAAGAUUUACAGUAGGUUAAAUGAAGAAAGCAAAUAGCAUC